AACUAGUGUAUUUAAAAUUCAGGAUCUUCAAUGAAAGUUACAAGCCACUCGCGACGAAUAACAGAAUUUUGCCGUACAGAUGGGUUUGGGCCCGAAGCGAAAACGAAUCGAUGUUAGGUGUCGCCUACGACUAUGACGUUUUGUCUCUGGGUCUGUUGAAAAAUCAAGCAAGGACAAUGAUGUUGUCUUUAGACGAGACACAAGAUGGAUGUCUUCAAGAUUUGAAUUCUUCAUGUCAGGCCAUUGCCAUCGCAGAAGCGCUGACAGGCUUAUCAGCCACAAAAAAUUCGACUGAUACAAAACUAACGAAUGAGCUAAACCCUGGUGUGGUUUGUUUCCGAGUCUUGAAGGAAUUCUCUUUCGGCUUUGCAUACGGAUUUAAAUACAAAUGCUGCAAGAAGGUUGAAGAAGAUCAAAGACACCAAGUUUACUGUGGCUUUGACGUAAAUGAGAGCAUAUGGAUGUCGGUUUUUAACGCUGUCUUGAAUUUAGUUGUGACAAUUGUGUUCUUCUUCUGGCCUUACCUCUUCUGUGUGGUUCCAGAUUUCUUCUCGGACGGACUAGAAAAUGGAAAAGAAGAGGAGGCGUUUUUGGGAACAUCAGAUGAAAUUCCAGUAGAUGAUUCAAGUCCAAUAACCUGCACAGAGAUUGUGCGAAGAGGCCUGAAAAUUUUUCCAUCUGUAAACCAUGGAUUCAGUGUAAAAUUGAUUCUCUUUUGGUAUUUUGUAAUUCCAACAUUUUUCUAUAUUAAGCUUUUGUUAUAUUUUAUUAUCAAGGAUAAAUUCGACGGGGCUUCCAAGAGGCUUCUGUUUCAAGUGGCUGAUGUUUAUCUUUACAUCUUUAGCAUGGAUAAACCUGCUGUUUAUGUUCUGUUUAUUGUGCCGUUAUUUUUGAUACCCACUCUGGUAAUUUCCUUUUGGAGACGUGAAGAAGGCGAGGUUUUGCAGUUAGGUAACUGCUGCAUUUGCGGGCGGGACCAGUUCAGUCUUAAAAAGCAUAUAGUAGAGCAUGUAAAAAUUAUGCCAAACUGUGAGUGCAAUCAAAGUAAUGAAAACUGUUUUGAAAAAAGUCUUCCUUCGACAGUUCGGCUCAAAGUUCCCGCCCUGCUCUGAAUGCAACGAUUUUCAGCAGUCACUAUGCGGGCACGCAAUUUGUAUAAUAUACACAGUUGCAUUCAUGGUUAUUUACGGUCCAAUUGCCGUAACAAUCUCAGUUUUAGUUGGCUUAGUUGUGUUGCUUGUGACAAC